AUGACUAAUGUUGUUUUUGGUAGGAUCGGCGAGAAGUUCCUUGCCUGGACCGAUGAGGAUCCCCCUCUUGAUGAGGUUUUGGCCUCAGUCACGCUAUACUGGCUGACUGAGACCUUCCCACGAUCUAUAUAUCCAUACCGACAGUUGUUUACGCCCGGCAUCAUCGGGGCUCAUGAGAACCCUCAGUGGCACAUCAACAAGCCCUUUGGAUACUCUUUUUUCCCAAAGGAGCUUGCACCGAUUCCCCGGGCUUGGGUUGAAACAACUGGAAACCUGAAUAUCUACCGUCAGCAUGAGAGUGGUGGCCAUUUUGCCGCCAUGGAGAAGUCAGAAGACUUGCUUGCUGACGUUGAGGAGUUUCUUGGCCUGGUGUGGGAGAAUUGA